AUGCCCGAUCCAGGCAGGAAACCCGAGCCCGACAAGCGCGCGGCCGCCCAGCAAGCAGUUGACAUUCUCCACGAAAUAUCUACCCUUCUGAACUGCCACCUGGACAGACGAGCCAUAUCGAUUUGCGUGUCAAUGAUUGAGAAGGGCGUCAACCCAGAAGCGCUGGCGAGGAUAAUCAAGGACUUGAGACAGGAGGCUCAGGAUGUUGAGAGGCAGGCAGGCGGCGGACGGGCAUGA